GUUGGUGUUGUUGGUGGUGGUUCCGAGUGGUACGUCUACGACUCACAACGACGCUGUUGGUUCUCGGCCUGGGUCUGUGCGUAUCGUGCCAUCAUCACUACACUGCCGCCGCCGUUCCUCGUCACGGACCGUGGCAUCGAUCCGGAAUCAUGUCGACGUCACCAUCCACCGAUACCACGGCUCCAGAGUCCCCCACUCCCACGGACCCUGCACCACUCACAUUCCGUACCAAUCCCAGACACCCUCACAACGAACCACAACAGUACCCACAACAGUACCCACUAAUUCUUUACGGACUGCGCCACGGCACUUCGGUCGCCAAUGAAUGGAUGACCGGACCCAACGCCUGGGGUGCCUCCACCUUUCGGGACGACGUGACGCUCCGGGACGCGCCUCUCAGUGACGCUGGACGAGCCCAGGCCCGGCAAUUGGCCAACACUCUGGAACUAUCCAACGCUGUACCACCACCCACGUCAUCGUUAUCACCGUCGUGUUCUCGUGCGGAACUCGAAAACGUGCAACUCGUCGUCGUGUCGCCUUUGCGGCGUUGUUUGGAAACCUACGACGCCGUGAGCCCACGGUUGCGGCGGAACGACGGAAGUCCCGGACCACCCGUUAUCGUCCAACCCUGGGCGGCCGAACGCGUCUUUACCGUGGCGGAUCAAGGGACGCCAGGCACCGCUCUGCGCAAUCGCUAUCCCGACUGGGAUUGGAGUCUCGUGACGGACCAGCCUUGGUGGUACGAUCAUCACCACGAUAACAACAGCAAUAACAACAACAACAACCACCAACUCGACGCCACCCCCUACGUCGAAUGGCGUCCCUCCCAACAAGGACAGUGGUACGCGGUUCCGGGUGAACCCGAAAACGUCUUUGCCGCACGCAUGCGACGGUUGGAACAGUGGUUGCGGGCGCGGCCGGAACGACACAUUCUAAUCGUCACGCACUGGGCCGUGCUGCGUCACUGGACGGGACAAGAAAUCGACAAUUGCGGCAUUGGCAAAAUCGAAUGGCGUCGCGACGAGUCUACCGACCCGUAA